AAAUGUAUAUCGAUUUUAUUAUUUUUGUAUACAACUAUACUUUACUUAGUGAAUACAUAAUAGGCGUUACAAACAGUUGUACAACUUUACUAUACUUAAGUUUAUAAUAUGAUUAGAAAUUAGCAGGGGUAACAUUUUUUUAUUGUUGUAAAUAAAUAAAUAAAACUAAUGACUCAAUCUAUUCUCUACAAUAUAUCUCAAUCUAUCAGUAUAACUGAAGUGUCAUCGUCUAGUUUAAAACAUAAAAUUAGUCUCAAUUCUAUUGGAAAAAAAAGGUAAUAAGCAUAUGCUUGCUUGUCGACCUGAAUAAAAUGUUGUGAUUUUUGCAUCGAGUCCCUGGAACUCCGAAUGAAAAACUUCGUGUAGGUAUCGGAACUGUCUUCAAAACUAAAAGGGAAUUAAAUUACUUGCCAUUUAACGUUACGCGAACCCGCAAUGUAACGAGACGAUAGCCGCUUUUCGGGCUCAAUCGAGACCGUUGACUCUGCAUUCCAGUUGGUUAUAACUAUAUUCCACUUGCGUACAAUAAACUUAAUAAAAAAAAUUACAAAUUAAGCGGUCCAAGUCGAUAGGCGUCUAUGCUGUAACUUAUGUCUCAAAUCUUACAGAGGGAUUUACCCAUACGUAAUUUACACUGGAUUAAAUAGAUAUGUGAGUACCUAACACACUUUCACGAACAACUUCCACGACGAAAGAAUAUGCAUCGUGUGAUAAAAAGCAAUUUGAAAAAGCUAUAAGUAAAACAAUAUUUAGUGGUAGUGGUUUUUAGUGGUAGGCACCAUCACGCUACUGGUGUCUUUUGUCGAGCAGUUUUGGUUUAAAAAUAGCCAAACUGUUAAUGAAAUUACUUAUUUAUGUCCAAAAAUUACUUAAACAAUAAUAAAUUCUUACUGCUAUUGAGUAACCCAUCUGAAUUAUUAUAAUCUUUGACCGACCCUACACAAGCACAUCGAAAUCAACUAAAAGGCAUUUGAAAAUGUUCUGACACCGCGAAUAGUUAAGUCUAAAUUCGGAAAUGACAUGAACGGAUUAAAUUAUAUAAAAAAAUAAUUUUGAACAAAACUUUAAAAAAAAGAAGUGAAACAUGAAUUUAUUAUAUAAGUGUAUUUUAUCGUUAAUGUUUUUUUGUUAUAUCGAGGCCCAAUUCGCUCUAAGAUGUCCUUACCCAUAUCUACAGCAUGGCAAAGCUAGAUUGCGAACUAAGUCCAGAAUCGUGAAGUUCGUAUGUAACCCUAGAUAUAAAUUGGUUGGGAACAAAUACUCUAUAUGUCGAAUGGGGCGUUGGGAGGAGCAGCUGCCGGUCUGUGUUAAAUCAGGCUGCCCUAAAUUGCCACCUAUAACGAAUGGAAUUCAGAUGACGCAUCACGAUGGCGCUUGGCUCAUGACGUUCUGCCUCCCGAACUACAGAUUAGAGGGUUCAGAAGUGUUAUACUGCAACGGAUACAGAUGGAAUAGCACUGCGCCUAAAUGCGUUGAGAUGAACAACAACGUAACAACGAUCAAGUACAGUUGCGACUUCGAAGAGGACCUCUGCGGUUGGAUACAGGACGAGUUCCACGAUUUCGAUUGGAAGCGACUGAACACGAAAACUCCGAGCUCCUUUACGCUUACCGGACCGUGGUUUGAUCACACGUACGGCUCCAGAGGAAAGGGCCAUUUCAUGUAUAUCGAGAGUACUGGGCGUUUCAUUAACGAUACAGCCCGACUUUUAUCGCCGAUUUACGAUUCGGCCAUAGCGAAGGACGGAUGUUUUCAGCUUUAUUAUCACAUGUAUGGAAGAUCAUUAGGAGGCCUUAGGGUAUACCAAAAACCGGACAGCGUCGAUUUAAUGACGAUGCUGGCUUCAGAGGAACAGCGAAAGGAUUACAUUAUUUUUGAAAAGUGGGGCGAACAAGGUGACCUCUGGCUUUCCGCUGCUCCACGACUAAAGGACUUUAACGAAGACUUUCAGAUAGUGAUCGAAGGAAUCCGAGGAUCCAGUUUCAUGAGCGACCUGGCUAUUGACGAUAUUUCCGUGUUGAGAGGACAGAAGUGCGUAGACGCAGCGGCGCAUGCAAUCACCCCCUCUCCUUAUAAAGCCGACUCUUGCGUCGGUCGAUGCUUCCAAAAUAUAACUAUCACAAGAGGCUGUGGUUGCGACGGAGACUGCGUCAUCUAUGGCUACUGCUGUCAAGACUUCGUAGAUCUAUGCAUCGAAAAAGAUCCCGAAACAACAGUGAUUGCCGAAACUGGUUCGACCGUUGCAUUACCGCAAACACAGAAACUAGUAGCUUCUACAACCAACGCUACAACUUCAACUUCAACCACAACGACGACUACACCCAAACCCAUUGUUAUACUUUCAACUAAAACUACCACUACUACUGCUUCUCCCAAACCUACGACUCCCACUACCACCAGUACUAAGACUUUUCCUACUAUUCCCACAAGGACCACUACUAUCACAGUCAGUAAAACUCCAAAAACCAGUACCAAAACGACCAUAGCCAGACGUUCCUCUAGCCCAUCCCAGAAACAGACCACCAAGGUCCUUAAGCCUACGACUCAGUCCAGUUCCAUCACACCUAAGAGUGCAACUCGUAAGGUGACGUCUGUCGCUUCGACCACAGUUGGGAGUAAAAAAUUAACAUCCAGCACUACAGUAAAACCUGCUAGUACCAGCAAAAAGGUUACUGAAAAACAGUCUUUUACCAAGAAGAUGACGGUGGACGUUUUUGUUGCGAAGAAAUCGAAAGGAGCCUCAAAAACACUGCAAACGUCUGGCAUAAUAGUUGGUGUGUUGUUUUGUGUAUUUGCGUUGGUCGGAUCCGUGGUGGCUUGGCGACGUUACGGCGGCAUGAUGAUCGUUAGAAGGUUGAGAGGUCAAAUCGCGAAUGACCCUGAAGUGCGCUAUCUGAGUGCCCAUAUGGACGAUUGAACUGUUCUUUUAAAAUAAACUAUUUUAGCUAG